AUGUCUGCCGGGCUGUCUUACCUUUGCCAACGACUGGUAUUGGAAUAUAUUAAACCGAAUAAAAGAAUCCAGAUCUCAAGUCAAUGUUUGAUAAUUAGUCAACUCGAGAAGUUACUCCCUUUUCACCUCGAGCGUUUAGAAUUUGAUAACAAUUUAAUUAAAAUUGACAAUAUCAAAUAUGAAAUUGAAGAACAUGAAGAGGAGCUGGAAGAGAUUCUUACGCCAGGUGACAUCCGAAUUGGUCCCAACCCACGGAGAUACAUUUCGAAAUAUACUGAAAUUACUUACACAAAUCUAAAUUCUGGGAAAAGUUACGCGAAACGCGUACCUCUGGUAUUCCAUGAGGCUAUGAAAAGACUGGGAUGUGCCCUGUUUGAAGGUAGAAAAGAUAUUCGAGUGAACAUAUUAAGAAUUGAUAUUUACGACGACAAAGUUCUCCGUUUGCCUGUUGGAUUUUUGGUACGUCCUGGAGACUUGAUCACUGGAUUCAAUAGUCCGCAAGAUUUUCUGGCAAUUAUUCACUCUGCAAGUUUUCCUUUGAGACGCCUGAAAAUCUGGUUGAACACUCCGGAAAACUUGGAACUUCCUAUGUUAAAGACAGCGGAGCACGUAAUUAUCAACGGUAUCGAAAAUGAAAAUUUUCCGUCUCUGCCAUUCCUCCAUAACCGAUUUGUCACCUUUGAUCUUAUUUGGUCACCAGAUGAGCAAGUAUUUGGCCUAAUCAGAGAAUGGCUGAACUGCAAAGCGAGAAGUACAGUAUGUUUAUUGAAGAUAUUUGAUCGAGAUGAAACUGAAAACUUAUUGAAUGCAGUCAAAAUUGAGUUCGGCGGAGAAAUUAGUGAAAGAGAGGACACGGACGAGAGUAUGCUUACUGAUUCAAUUUGCAUUUCCCUACCAAUGACACCUACUACGGUUCUCAUUCUGUAUGGAAUUGAAAAGGAAGAAGAUUUCUACGUCAGAAUGGAAGUAUUGGCGAAAUAA